AUGGCUAUUGAGCCAUCAAAUUAUGGUACAUUCUCAGUACACGUGAAAGACUUUCAGCUGUGUAAGGGUCCAAAACGCAGAGACUGUUGCGAUAUCAAGGCUAAAAUGCUCAACGAUGUCGACUUAUCAUAUGACAUUGUGAUCAAAGAGGACAUCAUUCCGACCAGGGGGAAAGUAUAUGCAAGUGUCAAUGGAAAGAGCGUCAUCCGUCUGCAAAUGAAAAAGCCUUGCGAUCAUCUCUUCAUGAAGCCACUUUUCCAAGCGUUACUAAAUGUGACAGAUGAUUGCACCUUUCGUAAAGGUAAGCAUCACAUACAAGUGAAUUUAGACACAGUUGCUCAAAAAUACUAUGGUGGCAUGUUCUUGUAUGGAAAUAUUACGUUUAAAUCAGUGUAUUAUAAUGAUAAAUGUAAUUUGUCCUGUUCAGUUUUACAAGUGGAAUUACUCCCGAAGACGAAUACUAUUUUGGCAAAAAAUUAA